AUGAACGGUAUAGGUUAGGUAUAGGUUCAAGAAUGUUCGAUCUACAAUUGAUGUUAUUACAAAGGUCUCGGAAAUUGUAAAGCAAGCUGCAGAUUGACCGAUACGUCGGAGAGGGUCUAUGUGGUUGUGGCGCUAGAAGUAGCCAAUGCAUUCAAUUCGGCAAGGUGGAAAAAAAUCGAAGAAGCAUUGUGUAGUAAAAGAGUACCAUGGAAAUCAUCCGUGACUACUUAUGCGACCGAACAGUCACAUUUGGUGAAAAGGACAUCAAAUCGUAACAUGUGGGGUUCCAAAGGGGUCGGUUCUCGGGCUACUCUUAUAGAAAGUGAUGUACGACGAUCUCUUCAAGGUGAAUUUCGGAGAAACCACAAAGCUUUCAUCGUCAAUACUUGUGCCCUUUGUGUAUGA